GAAAGUGAUUUGUGUGCCAUGUUGUAUUAUGCAAGAACGCCUCUAGAUCGCAUAGGGCAAAGUUUUGAUUCCAUGUGAAAAAGUAUGGCCUUUACAUCUUCAAGUCUUUUGACAUCUCCAAAGUUCUUGUGCAAAUACGUGCAAAGAACACCACCAUUGGCUGUCGUUUGCUAUGUACAUUCUCAGCUGGCAGUUCAACCUUGCAAAGUUCAAAAACCUUUUAUUUUUCAAUUGAACAGAAGGAAGAAAACUGCACAUGGAAGAAGAGGUACUGGACAGGAGUCCAGCUAUGGUCAAGUGCAAGGUUUGUUGUCCUUUCAAACAAAAGGAAGAAUCUUCUUGCACAAGAGCAAACACCGAUCAUCUCAUCUUCUCAAGCAAAAUAAUGGAAAUGUUAAACUGGACAAAAAUGCAAAGGACUUGUCACUGAUAUCAACAUGGAAUAACGAUCCACUUAUGGAUCACAAACAGUUGGUUGUAAUGGUUUUUAAAGAAGAUGCAUUUACUGGAAGACCUUCCUUAAGACUCAGGGAAGAUUUUCUCAAUGCUGCCUCUCCCCAAGGGUGUAAGGAGCCUUCAAAAGGUCCAGUUGCAAAGCAUAAAAUAAGAGACACAUGUUUAGCCUCUUUUGGCAAAUAUUCCAGAGCAACUCAGCAAGACAUGAGGCCACAUCCUCUGCAAGGUAGUGUGGACAGAGUUUUGGAAGUAUCUCCCUCAAAUUUAGGGAUUAAAAACUCUAUUUCAGAAGCAGCAGUGCUGUUUUCAGACUUUUGUAGUGGUGAAAGAGAUUUUGAAAAGCCAGAGAUUAAAAAAACCUUCCAGAGUGGGCCAAAUCCUACUCAGCUUUCUUCAGUAUUACUGGAACUUAGAGAGGAGAUUCCAUUAUUCUUUCUGAAGAAGCCCAAUUAUGCAAUAUACAACAAGAGAAUUAAAUUUGUUAACAACAUCACUGGAGUCACAACACAUGGAAUCUAUCCAUACAGAAGCCAAGUAAGUGGCUUGAGAAUGCUCAUGCUGAGCUGCAUGACAGAGCUGUCUGUUGAGGUCCUUAAAAUCACCAAACAUCCAAAUGAAGCAGCAAUCAAAGUGCGGUGGAGGAUUAAGGGAGUACCAUUAAUUAGAAAAUUAGUUCCUUACCUUGGAAGAAAAGUCAGAGUUGAUUCUUAUGGUUACAGAUAUCUGGAUGGCUUUUCUGUGUUUGAAGUCGGAAGUGAUGGCCUUAUUCACUGUCACAGACUUCACAAGGUGAUGCCCUCCACGUCACAGGAAAAGGAAAAUCCAUUAUGGAUGGUUGUGUUUUUGCCGUUGAUCCACAUUCUGAAUCCAAGGCAGUGUGAAUCCUUCAGUGCAUUUGAAUGCUGCAGCACUGAUAAAGAAAUUGAACCUUCAACCUCUGACUCUGAUGUGCUUGCUUGCUAGAACAAAUAAUCAAUCAACCCCAACCAAAACACAUCAAGUUGGUCGUAAUUAAAAAGACAUGGAUACUGACCAAGGCAAUCACGAUUUGACCAUGGUAUUUUGGUUGUUCUGAAAGUGCUCAAAAGUACUUGGUAACUAUUUGGUUUUUGUGUUUAUUUGAGAAUCACUGUUAUUGUAAGGGGAUUUUUGUUUUUUUGGAACUUAACAAAUGUCAUUUUGUAAAAAAAAAAUUUGUAAGUUUCCUUCAACACUAUUUCUCUGUAUAGUGUUCAAAAAUGAUGGCGUAAUACUACAGUCAAAUUUGAUAACUUGAACCUUGAAGUGAAAUUGAAAAAGGCUUGAGUUCAAGCUAUCAGGAGUUGGGAACAAAGGACUGGAAACAAAGGAAAAAUGGUGUUUUACUGUUUUUCUAUUCAUACCUUAUACAUUUUAAUAAAAUUCAAUUAUAGAGAAGUCAAGUGAAAAUGGAACAAUAAAUUACUGUAGAAAUUAAAUGUAACAAAUGAUUUAGACUGCAGUACAUUGUUUUGAUUUGUCAUGUAUUAACAGAUGUGAUUUGAGUUAUAAAUGGUAAAAAUACGUAGAGAAUGACCUGAAGGGAAACGAAAAAUGCUUCGAGUUAAAGAGAGGUUCAAGUUAUUAAAAUUUUUUUUCCAAAAUGAAAGGUGCAUGCACUACCAGAAGUAGGUUAAGAGGUGUACAUGUACUUUUGAGCACUUCACAGAUUGGCCUUACAGUAUAAUUCAAUGUAAAAGGAAAGAGAGCAGCUACUCAUCCAGAACUUGAGGUUUAAAUAUACCUAAAGGGCACAGUACUGAGAAGUGUCAUUAGCCAUGAAAUGUAGCCUGAUUGUGCUAAAUGGCAAAAAAAGAAAAUACUUCUGUGCUUAAUGGUCCGAGUACAUAGGUUAACUUCUAUAGUCAAAGAAUGAUAAUUAGUAAACUAAAUUCCAUUAGUGGAUGUAGUAACAGUUAAUUGACCAUUGGUGGAGAUCCUACAUCAGAUCAAAAAGACAAUACUAUGUAUAUCAGUGUAGGGCUAGCAGAAGGGUGUGACUUGAGUUAUAUGCUAUUAAGCUAGAACUAAAAGUCUAAAAUCCCACUUGCUCUUUCAAAUUUGACUGGAAAUAAUGUAUAGUUUGUCUGAUGCCUUGUUGAGUGGGCAAGAAAGCUAGAAAAGUUUAUUCAGGAGAUAUUGAAGGCUUUAAAUUAGCUAAUGAAGCUUCUGAUUUGCCAUGUCAAGAGAAAGUAAAUGGCCUGUGCUGUUGAAAAGUAGGGUUAAAAUGUUUAAUUCAAACAAUAAAAUUUGACCAAAGGAUUCUUGUUGCCUCUUACAUGUGAUGGCAUCUUCAGUGGCCCUUCAUUAGACCCUACCUAAGUAACAUUUUUAUCAUCACAAGUUGCACACACAGUUAUACUGGAUUUCCUCUUUUUAGAUUUAUAAGAGGGUGAUGAAUUUUAGGCUUGUUGUACAUGUCUCUCUUGUAUGAUUUUUGUUGUUAUUGCCUCUAAGCCACUUUAAAUCUGUAUGUGAAGUACAUGACCUUGAGCAGUAUUCACUCUUAUCUGCUCGGACAGUACCAAUUGAAAGAAACUUGAGAUGUUGAAUGUAGCCAAACCAUGUGUCUUUAUUUAAUUAAGGGGCUUGGUUGUUUUCCUGGACAGGAUAUACUGACAGAAGUGCAAGACAUUGUCCUAGCUUGAACUCUGCUCAGGUUGAAUUGGUUGAACAAAAGAUCGGCAUACUAUCCUUGAUUCAUCAACUCUGUUUUUGUGAAUCUGAAAUGCUGGU